AUGGGAGAAAGGUGUGAAACGCGCGACGCGGACGGCGCAGAGAAGUCAGACGGAAAGCGCAGGAAGUCGUGUAGCCGAGUGGCUAACUGAUUUAUACGUUGAGAGGAGGGUCCUUGGUUCAAUUCCUCGACGAAUUUCACAAAAUAAGUUCAAAAAAGCGUCAUGCGUACAGAAGUUAUGGUAUUACAAGUCGGGUGGCCGAGUGGCUAAGUGCCUUAUUUUGAUAAGAAUCUUCAGAGUUCCGUCUCUCGACAAGUUUUGCAGCGACAAAAAACAUUCUGAAUUCACAAGAUUCAUAAACUUUAAAAGAAAAAAUUAAAGUUAAUUUUCGUAAGAAUUUUUUGACUUUUUCGCUGAUUUCUCCUAUGACAUCACCGAAACCCAAAACUCCAACUUAUUGUUUCUUUUUUGACCCCUUAUUAUUAAACUGCCACUUUUCAAAGCGCAAAAAACUGAUUGCGACGUCUCGAAACUCGUACGGAAACGAGUUGAAAACUAAUUACGGUCUUCGAAAUGCAACAAAAGGGCCUAAUUUAGGUAUUGUUUGCAUAAUUCCCAGGAUUCUUUGUCUGGAAAUACUUGGGAGUUUUAAGAAGUCACGUUCAAAUCUGGUUUUUUUUUCAUUUUCGCAAGAUUUUUUUCUUUUUUUUAGAGCUUAGUUCUUGCUAGAACAGAAUUCAAAAAAAAAAAAGUGUCAAUGAACAAAAUUAAAUUUUGAAAAAUAAUAAAUGAAUUUCGCCAAAAAUUUGAUUUUUGGAAAGAAAAAAAGUAUCCAUGGGGCACAAAAUCAUGCGAAAAAUUUCGCCCUUUUUUUCCAUGUCUCAAUUUUUUUCGCAAAGUAAUUUUUUCUCAAUAAUUAAAUUGUGAAGAUCAGGAGAUGGAAAUGUAAAAAAGCCGCGAAAUUGAAUCUUGUGAAAAAUUAUCUGUGGAGCGCACUAUCAUGCGAAAAACUUUGUCUUUUUUUCUUUCAAAUCUCAAUUUUUUUGCAAAAUUAUCUCAAAAAAAUCGCUUUAUAAAGAUCAGAUAGGAAAUGUAAAAAAAAAAGGCGCAAAAUUAAAUCUUGAAAAAAAUAUUAUCCGUGGAGCAUAAAAAUCAGUUUCCUCGAACAGCUCAACUUCUAACUUUUUAUGAGAAAUGUUUCUACAAAGCGUCAUUGGAAUGAAAGCCGCCAAUCGUGAAUUUUUGAAUAAUUAUCUAUGGAGCAGGCAUUCAUGCAAGAUUUCUGAACGUUUCUUUUGAUUCUCAAUUUUCUUUUCACUUUUUUUUCCUUCUCAAAUACCAUUUGGUACAACUCUCAUCAUCGGAACUGUACCAACGUUACAACCUAUUGACACUGAUAAGAUCAAGAAAAAAAGGAGUAACUUCCAGAAAGAGCGAGAAAAGAGGUUUUUUUUCCUUUGAUUGGUUGAAUCGAACGAUACUCCUGUGGACAGUGUAUUGUUGGGUGGAGACGCUGCCAUCCAGGAACCAACCGAGAAAGUAUAAAACGGCGGCCGGCCGCCGACCGGUUACUUCGGCACUUCCCGACGCUUCCCGCGGUAACUGCCCAGUCAACAUGGACGAGAAACUCAAGUACGCCGAGGCCGACGAGGUCAAGAAAUUCGCCUUCUUUGGUGAGCUUUUCCUUUUGAUAGCCUUUGCUUUUUUCUCGCAUUCUGUAGAUUACCUAGUACAGUCGGAAGUCGCCCUCAAGGGAUCACUAAAGAAAGGUGUUCUCUCGAGUGUUCACUUAAGGAGCGACUACUCACAAGUGUCUUUCUAUUCAAACUUUGAAGGAUAGAAGGCUCUCCUACAGUGAUCACUUGAGCUUCAAAAGCUCCCCUUAGAGGCUCUAAGCUUCCCAAUCUCAAGUGGUCACUUUAGGAGAACAUCUUUGAGCUUUAAAGCCUGAAUAUACUACGAGACAGUGUCUUCUCUUCUUUGCAUCUUCUAUUUUUUUUUUUGAAAUUCGCAAGUACUUAGCAAUGUUUUUUAUAUUUAUUCAACUAAACUUGAAUUUUCAUUGUGCUUAAGAAAUAAUUUUAUCAAGAUCUUAUUCCACUGAGAAAUCAAGAAGCUCUAUUUUGAUAGGAAAAGCUGGAAAUUUUCUCCUCUUUAACCUCAUGAAAAUGAACUGCUAGGCGUCGCCGUGUCGACCAUCGCGACGAUGACCGCUAUCAUCGCCGUGCCGAUGCUUUGCAUGCACAUGCAGAACAUCCAGUCGACCCUGCAGGAAGACCUCGUCUACUGCAAGACGCGAAACGUCGAGAUGCGCGGAGAAUUCGUCAAGGUUCGUUCAGUCCGAAAAAUCUUGACUCUAUCACUUAUCAGCUUCCUCAAGUUCUCAAGUUUCAGCUGGACCAGGUCCGCGGAGCUGCCUCGCGUGAGAAGCGUCAGACCUCCUACCAAUGCUGCUCUUGCGGAGUUGGAGCUGCCGGACCGGCUGGAGUGCCUGGACAAGAAGGAGAGCCAGGAGAGGACGGUCAGCCAGGUCAGGCUGGCUCGCCCGGACCAGACGCCGAAGACCCACAUGCCAUCCCAACCGCCAAGGACUUCUGCUUUGACUGCCCACCAGCCCCAGCCGGUCCAGCAGGAGGAGCUGGACCUCGUGGACCACCAGGACCACCCGGAGGCCUCGGAGAGCCAGGACCAGCCGGAAGACCUGGCCCACGUGGACCACCAGGACCACCCGGACCAGCCGGAGAAGCUGGAGAGGACGGUGGACCAGGAAACCCGGGACUCGCCGGACAGACCCGAAGCGUCCCAUCGCCAGCCGGAGAGCCAGGAGCGCCAGGAGAAGCUGGACCACAAGGAGAGGCUGGAUCCGACGGACGACCAGGACGUGCUGGAAGACCAGGACCACCAGGACCCCAAGGAGACAACGGCGAGGACGGAGCUCCAGGAAAGGACGGAGACGACGGCGCGCCUGGAGAAGCUGGAGCCCCUGGAGACAAGGGUGAGUUCUGGAACUGUUUUGCAAUACAUACCGUAAUUUCCAGGAUCGUGCGACCACUGCCCACCGCCAAGAACCGCCCCAGGAUAUUAAUGAUUUCCAGUUUCUUUCAAUUUUUUUAUAAAUAUAGAUUUUUUUAAUCUUGUUUCGUUGUUUAAAGAGACAUUCCGAAAAACAAAAUAUUCGAACCGAAUAUGAAGCAUGAACUAUAUUCGAACCGAAUAUGAAGCUUGAACUUUCAAAGGAUAACAUGAUAAACUCCAAAAAAGACGCACGAUGAUCAAAUUCUUCGCGAUUUUGACGGGUAUCAUAGGCUGAGAAGUGCUGCUGCGGGCGCGGCGAAAGGCGAUUUCGAUUUUUUAUCUUUUCUUUCCUUUUACAUCCUGACGGCCCGCGACGAUUUUGAUGUUGCAAAGGCGUGAUCCGUCGUGAUGGUUAUGUUCCGUUCGUCUUGUCACGGUUAUUGAUGGGCAGAGAAGACGAAUUAUUAUCCGAUCAAUGAAACUAAAGUUUCUUUCUCAAAAGUGUUGUGAAAAAAACAGUUUGAUGUUGUAAAUUUCACUCAAUGUAGCCUAUACUUGCCUACAUGAAAUUGCUCGAAACUGAUGUUUUUAAAGCAAAUUGAAAUUUUAAUUUCGCGUCGAAAAACUCUUUGAAAAGAUUCAAAUUUUGAAAAUACUGAACCAUGGGAAACCGUGACAAAAGACGAAAUUGUUUUUAAAUUUUCUUGAAGGCCUACUUCAAAUCUUUCAUUUAUGGUUCAUUUACAAAAGUUUUCUACAAAAUUCAAAGAUGCAUAAAGUUUACGUGACUUUUUUUUGUGGGGGGGGUUCUACUCUGAAAGGUUUAUUGAAACGACGAAAGUUAAAAAGUUUUAUACUCCUUGAAACUUGUGGCGAAAAUUGUUCAGAAUCUAAAUAUGAUGAAAACUUUCGUGCUUGGAAUUAUCUAUUCGUAUCGAUUUCUACAAAAUCAUGGUUUUUUGUCUUACCAAGGAUAAGGCUACUUGUAAGAAAAUUUUUUAUUCAAAAAAAUGGCACUUUUCAGUGCAAAUUUCCAUUUUUUUAUAGGUUAUUUUUAACAUUUAACAACGUUUAUCUGCUAGUUUUGCCCAUAAAAACUGAAAGUCUCUUCAGAAGAGUCUAUAAAUCAGAAUCGACCUUCUGCAGGUCGUUGACGGAGGCCGUCAAAGUUAACAGCCCCAAAGUGAGAAGCCACGCCCCUUUGCUUCUCUGCGAACUUCGAUCGCCAGAAGCGGAACCAGCGUUCCUCUCCGAUGGCACUGAACUCGAUCGAAACGACGCCUCGGCAUUCCGCAGAAGCUCUCUGACGUCACGACGGCUAUGGCAUGCCAGAAGAGAAGAGAUCAAACGCGAACAUGGUGUUCAAGGGCAGCAACCUUGUAGACGUGAUAAGAAGAUGAAAAACUGAGAUCUGAACAGACCGCAGAACAGAAAAUGAAAAUAUAUCGAGCUGGAAAAAUUUCUAGUGGCCACUGUAGGGUUUUGACGUUUUCGUGGCCAUUUAGGUCUAAAAGGUACUACUAGACCGUUAAAAAUUUAUUAGGGGUCAAUGACUCAUAACUGGUUCAAUCAAGUUCUUCUGAAACUAUCAGAGUUAACUGGAUGAAAAACUACUAUAGUGGUCACUUGAAAGAGAUCCUCUAUAGUGACCACUAUAGAGGUGGCUUUAGUGGUCACUUUAGUGUCAUCUCCAAGAAGCCCUUGUGGAACCUCUACAAUGACCACUAAAAACUUUCACAGUUUCAUCAAACUUAGAAUGGUUGACGAGCUGACUUGUUCUAGCUCAGGAAAAUCAGAGUGGUCCCUUUAGGGCCUUUAAAAGUCCCCUCUCGGGACCACUUUAAGCCCACCUAUAGGAGCCUCUAAAGCUUGAGAAAACAGCUUCAAGGGGGAUUUUAGUUAGCGGUUUAUCGAUCAAGUUAAACCCCUACAGGGACCACUUGAAUUUUAUCCCUUUAGGGAGCCCUUUUACACCUUAUAUGGGCAAGAAUGUUAGAAAAAAAAAAUUAUGAAAAAGGAUGCUGCAGGAGAAAAACUUUACAUGGAAAUUAUUAACAACUUCUUUCCAAAAAUAACUUUUCGGAGAUAUUUUACGAGUUUUCUUAAUCUACAGAUCGUAAAAAAAGCGGAAAGUUACUGUAGAGUCUUUCAUAAACUGGAAAAUUCGAAAUCCAGUUUGUAGCGGUGAAUCAAAAGUUUAUUUCUUAAUCAAUGACCUCAAAAAGUCCCUUUCGCUCUCUUUUUUUUCCAAAGUUCAAAAGAUGCAGAAGACCAAAAUCCGCUUAACUUUCCAUAUCAUAAGCCAAUCAGCUUAAAUCUCGCCACGCUCAUCGGCUUCCCUCUCAGCGACAUCGUCUGCGAAAAAAACUGGGUGUCGCGCCGGUGGAGAAGAAACCGACGAAAAGAAAAAAGUCCGGACGGAUCCACCCCCAGGCGCGGCCGUCACCCUCGGACCAGGUACUCAGGUAUAAAAGCCACCGAUCGUUAGCCGCAAAAGCAUCAGCAUCAUCUUCAGCUUCUUCAGCUUCAUCAAGCACUUUUUUCUAUUAUCCUAUCCUGCUAUUCACUUUUUUUUCUUUUUUUUCAUUUCUUUUUUUUUCGCUUUUGAUAAUUCUUCAAAUACCUUAUAUCACCUCUCAUCUUUCAGAUGGAGGAGAAACAGAAGUUGAUCGAGGCUGAGGCCGUCAAGAAGUUCGCCUUCUUCGGUAAGAAUUUUAUUUCCCUUCUUUUUUUUCUGCUUUAUAAUGAUUUGUAUUCAUCUUGAAUUCUUUGUAGGCGUCGCCGUCUCGACGGUCGCCACCCUGACGGCCAUCGUCGCCGUGCCGAUGCUCUGCAUGUACAUGCAGAACGUUCAAUCUGGCCUCCAGGACGAGAUCAACUUCUGCCGCACUCGCGCCGAGUCUCUCCGCGGCGAGUACACCAAGCUUGAGUCUUUCCGCACGGCUGAGAGCCGUGAGAAGCGUCAGACCUACCAGUGCUGCUCUUGCGGAGUUGGACCAGCUGGUCCAGUCGGUAACCCCGGACAGGACGGAGCUCCAGGAAACGACGGACGACCAGGAGCGCCAGGAUCUCCAGGCUCCGACGCACCAAAUGAGCAUGUCCUCCCAACCGCCGCCGACUUCUGCUUCGAAUGCCCAGCUGGACCAGCUGGUCAGCCAGGAAACCCAGGACCAAAGGGACCACCUGGAGAGCAGGGACCAGCCGGAGAGCAGGGACCAAACGGACGCCCAGGAACUCCAGGAGCUCAAGGACCACAGGGACCACCUGGCCAAGCCGGACAAGACGGCCAGCCAGGACAGAAGGGAGCCCCAGGACAGGUCCGCACCGUUCCAGCCCCACCAGGCCCACCAGGACAGCCAGGAGAGCCAGGACCACAAGGGCCACCCGGACCAGACGGACACCCAGGACAGCCAGGACCACAAGGACCCCCCGGACCUCAGGGAGAUGCUGGACAGGACGGCACUCCAGGAAACCCAGGAGCCCCAGGAGACAACGGAGCGCCAGGAAAGGACGGCAACAAGGGAUCUUGCGACCACUGCCCACCACCAAGAACCGCUCCAGGCUAUUAAGCGAUUGGUAAGUGAUAAGAAUACGAUAAACCGAAAACCAAUGAGCGACUUUCAGCCUCGAACAACCGCCAACAUCGACACUACCAUCUCAAACCUCGACCACCAUCCACCUAACUUAUUUUCUCUACUCGUCAACUUUUUGGCUUCUUCUUCUCUCUACCAAACUCGACACGAAAAAAUAAAAAUGACCAACGCGUGUAAAUAA